UGACAUUUCGCAGAAUCUCUUCUUAUCAAAAAUGUUGAAUUUACCCUAUCGGCUGUUAUUAUUUACUUUUUAUGAAUAAAACAUGAUAGUUUUUGUUGCACACGAACAUUUAGAGACCAUGUGUGACGCGUGUGUGGACGUCCAUUGAUAAGAAAUCGAACAAAAUCGUGAACAGUAAAGUGUAUCAUAUUUAGCCAAAUUUCUCCUUAGUUUUUGUGUAAUAACUGUGUUUAUUUAGUCAAAACUGUAGGAAAUCUCCGUUAGAAUCUUCAGUGUGUAGUUCCUUUCAAGACAAACGUAUAAAUUAGGGUAAAUCGUGUUAUCACAAUCAAGUCCAGUGCAAAAUAGUUUAGACGUAUUUUAUGUCCUUUUGGUAAGAAAUCUGUGCGAAAAUAAAGUUUCUGACUAGUAAAACUGUACAAAGUUCUUCACAAAGUAUCUCUAUAGGCGGUAAUGUAAAUAUUUAUGUCUGAAACCCAUAAAAUAUAACUGAGUAAUUUGUGGUACUAUAAAAAACCCACAGGCUUGGUGGCCUAAAAUCCGUGCCAAAGAAAAAUAAUAACUCUAGUGGCAGUACAGAACGGAAGCAUGUACUGUUUGAGCGUUUGAAAAAUGUGCAUUAUGGAGGGAAAGUGUAUUGUCGAAAUUAGAUUUUAAAGUGUUUUUAGAGUGAUUUUUGGAUUAAAAUGGUUACGAUGAACUCUUCGGAGAAGGCGGCACAGAAGGCCUGUCAACAGGGGCCAUCCAGAGAAAACUCGAAAUGCGUGAAGGAAGAGAAAGACAAAGAGAAACAGAAGAAGGAGGCUCCGCCCCCGACCGUGCAGGCGCUUAUGUCCACCAUCCCCUCACCGGAGGAGGCACCCAACUAUCUCAUUUAUCAGAAGAUGGAGGCGAUAAUAGAGAAGAUGCAGGAUGAAAACACGGGGGUACCCGUGCGUACUGUCAAAAGCUUCAUGACCAAGAUACCCUCGGUAUUCACAGGCUCGGACCUAGUGGCCUGGCUCCAACGCCACCUCAACUUGGAAGAGACAUGGGAAGCCCUCCACAUCGCUCACCUGUUGGCCGCACACGGAUACUUGUUCCCAAUCGACGACCACUGCCUCACUGUGCGGAAUGACAACACUUAUUAUAGGUUCCAAACACCGUACUUCUGGCCGUCGAACCAAUGGGAGCCGGAGAAUACCGACUAUGCGGUCUACCUGUGCAAGCGCACAAUGCAGAACAAAGCUCGUCUUGAACUCGCCGACUACGAAGCCGAGUCGCUGGCGCGGCUUCAGAAGAUGUUCUCACGCAAGUGGGAGUUCAUAUUUAUGCAGGCCGAGGCGCAGAGCAAGGUUGACAAGAAACGAGAUAAGCUGGAGAGGAAGGUGCUGGAUAGUCAAGAACGCGCCUUCUGGGACGUGCACAGACCUAUGCCGGGGUGCGUGAACACAACAGAGCUGGACCCCCGCAAGUUGUCUCGCAUCAACGCGCUCAAGGACAAGCGGCUGAGGCAGUGCCAGGAGCUCAUACUGCAGCACAAUUUGAAGAAUAAUCCAAUAGUUACGAUCACAAACCCGCAGGAGAGUGAAGAGGAAAUACAGAAACAGAACUCCGAUAACGCCAUCAAGGAAAAUGGCGCGCCCCCCCCUGCGGAGCCCCCGGCGCGGGCGCAGCAGCUGGAGGCGGCGCGGCGCCAGCUGGCCAUGCUGCGGGCGCGGCUGGAGCGGCGGAACGUGCGGGUCAGCAAGGUGCACGAGAUGUUCAUAGCUUACUGCGAGCAGUACGCGGAAUACGACGCGUUCCUGACCCCGCCGGAGUGGCCCAAUCCGUGGAUCAGCGAUACCACUGAGCUGUGGGACCAGGAGAAGCAAAGUAAAGACCCGCUGCCGCUGCGGCGCGUGCGCCGCUGGUCGUUCGGGCUGCGCGAGCUGCUGCAGGACGCGGCCGGCCGGCAGCACUUCGCCAAGUUCCUCAACAAGGAGUUCAGCGGGGAGAACCUCUCGUUCUACCUGGCGGUUCAGGAGUUCAAAGCUCUGCCAGUGCAACGGGUCGCCGCUCGAGCCAAGGAGAUAUGGAAGGAGUUCCUCGCUUCGGACGCCGUGUCUCCCGUCAACAUUGACGCCGCCAGCAGGGAGCUGACUCGUGCGAAGGUGGAUUCCGGCACCGCGGACCGAUACUGCUUCGAUCAAGCGCAGGCGCAUGUGUACCAUCUGAUGAAGUCGGAUAGCUACUCGCGGUACCUGAGGUCUGAGAUGUACAAGGACUACCUCAACGGAUCCAAGAAAAAGACAUCAGUGAAAGGCAUCCGGUCCAUAGUCUCAUUCACGGCCCGCAAGGAGAUGUCUACUAACUAACAAUCAUUGUCAUGUCGGUUAGAUUCUAUGUGUAGUGGGAAGAUUGCCCAACAGUGGGCCAAACACUGGGCACGACGGCUGCUACAGCUUUGGGAAUGAAGAAAAGAAAAAAAAAUAACCGGUAAAAAUACCGGUAAAAUACCGAUUGUUGUAAGGUCAAAACCGGUUUGGUACUUUCAGUGUUAAUUUUAGGUAAGUCGUUAAAAUUUUGAGAAAUGUUAUGUUGCUAAUGUUGAAACGAGGCAAAAAGAAAUCGGUAAAAACGGUUUGCGGAUAUAAAUAACGGUAUUAAAAAAAUAUAUCAGUUAUUGUCGCCUGCGUGGUUUCAAAGUUUAUAAAUAUUAGUACUCGUGUCCGUACAUACAUAAACAGCCUAUAUACGUCCCACUGCUGGGCACAGGCCUCCCCUCAAUCAACCGGAGGAGAUAUGGAGCAUACUCCACCACGCUGCUCCACUGCGGAGGUGUUUUUACUUUUUUCCCGGACAACCAGGUGAUACAAGCCUGCAAAGUCCUUGCCAAACUAAGUGAUUUCGAAUGACGGGAACCGAACCCGGACCCCCAUAUACUGAGCGUAGGCUGUAACCACUAGACCACGGAGGCUGUUAGAAGUAUACAAUAAGUAAAUGUUAGGUUAACACAAAGGCAAUCUGCGGGGUUAAAAUGGCCACAUCGAAGCAAUUCAUCUAAGAAAGCAUACUGCAAUUUGACAUUUGCGCAUGUAAAAGUAAUUGCGCAAUGCAAACAAAUGUUUAAUAGCAAUAUUGCUUUUUUAGAGGAACUGGGCACCCUCAGGCAUGUUGUCUUAAACGUUGUACCGGGUGAGAGCCUUCAGCGCUCCCCAUUUGUCCGGCCAAGUAGUUAAUGCCAUCUGCGUCAAAUGUACAAUAAGUCACGUCAAAAAAAAGCCUAUGCGAAAGUUGCUUAACUUCAACAAUCGCAGACCGAGCGCGUUUACCGCUGCGCCACCAAGCUCCUCAAAGUAAUAUUAGCAACACUAAUUCUCAUUCUAAACCAAAGUUAUUUCUUUAGAUCCAAAAAAAAAGACUGUUCGAUGAGAUAAACUGCCCAAAAAUAUACAGGGUGUUAGUGACAUCGUAACGAAUACUGAGGGGGAUGAUUGAGACCAUGAUUCUGAGUUGACAUCAAGUGGAAUUUUCCGUCCUAUAGUACGGAAAAUAAUUUAAAAAAACUAAAAUAAAAAUCAUGAAUUUUGCGACGGAAAAUUCCACUUGAUAUCAGCUCAGAAUCAUGAUCUGAAUCAUCCCCCUCAGUAUUCGUUACGACGUCACUAACACCCUGUAUUAUAAAUUUAUUUGUGUUAGUGACACCGUACCGAAUACUCAGGGGGAUGAUUCUGCUCAUGAUUCUGAGUUGAUAUCAAGUGGAAUUUUCCGUCGCAAUUCCAUACAGGAACUGUAGAUAAUUUAAAUAAACACUAAUAUUUUAUAGAAUAGAAUAACUUUAUCCCCAAAACAGUGAAGGUUACAAAAGCAUUUACAUAAAUUAAGAUUAACAAUUUAUUGAGGACGUCCACCACUGCCACAUGACUGUUACGACCAAUUUCCAUCCUCAUCAACCCUGACACCAGGGAUGAUGAGGUUGGUAAUCCACCUCACAACCCACACGAUAGAGGAAAAGAAGAUUCAUGGUUUCGUAAACAGUUGGUAGGUUUUAUGUUGUAAGUAUCACAUGAUCUGCUAAAUAAAAGCAUGCGAAAAUUUAUUAGUAUGAUGAAUGGAGUGUGUAUGUAUUUUCAUAAGUUUGCCACACAAAAAAAAUCAAAUUCAAAAAUAUCUUUAUUCGAAAGAAAGAAAGAAAGAAACGUUUAUUAUAAAGGGACACCACAGUAACAAAUACAAAACAAAUAACAAAUAUAUAAUUUAAAACACGGAGUAACACACAACUUACAAUCAAACAAAACACAUAAUAAAAACAAAAUACACGAGAAAUACAAAUAAUUGAGUGUAUGGACUGGUCAACGAUGGUGGUGGUGUCCUUUAUAAAAGGGCCUCACUCAGCAUAAGCCGCGGCGCGAGCCACGACGCUGGUAUUCUGUGGACCCUGCUAAGUGAGCCACGGAAGCCGUGUCUCCCACAAAUACAACUUGAAUGAAUAUAUAAUAAUAUUUACUUAUACUAUGAAAACAAAGUAGUUUACAAAAACAUAUAUUAAAAGCGUGUGUGUGUGCAGUGUAUCUACAAAUACAUGAAAGAAAUACCAUAAUACUUACAAAACAAUGCAUAUAAAACGAUAAAAUAAACAAAUAAAUAAAUUCAGUAGGUAACAUAGUUACACUUUGAAUCGUCAAUUUUUACAUAACGAACGUCUCAUCCGCCUAAAACUACUGCAGCUUCUCACAACCUGUAUAGCCGGGGAAAUGCAGCUGCAAGAAAAACCUCGGCACAGGGCCCUAGACGUUCUUUAAAAAAAAUAAAAAUAAACAUAAAAUAUUGGUAUACAAUUGACAACAUUUCAUUUUUACUAAGGUGCCUUAAAUCGAAAACCAUUUCGAGAUAUUUCUAUGAUUUACACAAAACACAUUUUUUCAGAUUUUUUAAUUCAGUAAUAAUAGAAAUAUAUUGAAAAAUCCACGAGGUCAGAAGAGGAAGGCAUAAUAAGUUCAGACCUUUACAUAAAAAUUAUAAAAAAAGUAAAUGUCAUACAUAACAUGACACUUUGUUUGCGACUUGUUUUAAAUACGCAUGCAAAGGUACAUUACAUUAUACUGCCUUCAUUCUAUCAAUGGCAGAAUCAAAUUUUCAAAAAAUAUUUUUUGUAACUUCUAGUGGAAAAAUCUUGAAAAGAAAAAAUACGUGUCUUCUAUUUAAACAAUUACUUUCGAAAUAGCACAAAAAAACCACGGCUUAAAAAUUUGAAAUGUUGUCAAUUGAGUAAUUUAGCUGCUUAAUAUCAGUUCUCAGACAGUUAAUCCCAUGCAUUCAUAUCUUCUAAAUAAUCACUAACUUUAUAAUAACCUUUUUGUAAAGUUUUUGUUUAACUACUGUCUUAAAACAGUUGAAAUCCACAUACCACUUGAUCAAAAAUUCGACUCAGAAUCACGAGCUGUAUCGUCCCCCUCAGUAUUCGUUACGGUGUCACUAACACCUGUUAUAUGUUAUUAUUACAUUUUCCUUUAAAUUUUGAGUUUUAUUAAUUCUUGUAAUAAUGUAAAUAGUAAAAAAAUAAUAAAAAAAACUUAGUUGUUUUAGACAUAGACAAUACUUUGACGUUAUUGUGUAAAAUAAUAAUAAUCAUAAUAAAUUAUUAUUUAAUAUAUAUAUAUAUUUGAUAUUGUAUGUACAGUCAUAAGCAAUAUAAUGUACCCACUUUAGGACUCUGUCGCACUAACACAUUUGACAUUUAGUGAGACUUACAGUUCAAUUUGUCAAAAAAGUUAAUGUGACAUGGUACCAAAGUAUAUACAUGGUAAUGCUCGUGAUCGCAUCUACCUAGGUACGUAAUGUAGUUUUUGGCUUAUAUCCUUUUUUUAUGUUUUGAUCCUGACCUAUUUGACAUAGAUAAACUCACGCCUAUUUCCUACCGGGGUAAGCAGACUAUGGAGUUAAUUUGUCUAUAGUCUCUGCUUACCCCGGUUGGGAAUAGGUGUGAGGUUAUGUAUGUAUGGAUUAAUAAUUACAUGAUAUGUUAAAUAAAAUCUAAAUAUCAUGUUGUGAUCCAUAUACGAUAUUGAGUAGGAUUUACAUAUAAUUUUUAUUAAAAAAAAAAAAAUCUGUACAGAAUAUAUCAGUAACAAUUUUUUUUUCGACAAUUAUUCUAAUUAUUAUUAAAUUAAAACAAAGAUCUGCUUAACAGCAAUGGUGAUAAUCUCAAAAAAGUCACAAAAUGUACUUUAGAGCACAAAUAAUGCACAAUUUUUUUAUUUUAUUUUUUAGGAUUUUUUUUUUCUCAGAGACCAUGUAACAUAAUAUGUUAUAUUUUGAACACUUUUGAUUCAGUAGUUUUUUUUAUAUGAUUUUUUUUUCGAAAAAAUAAAACUUUAAAUGGCUCUCCUGUAAAGUUCACAAAAUGUCGCUUAAACCCAUUUGCCUUUUAACCCUCGAUAUGCAAUUAGUAAGAAAGUCAUCUCUUGAAUUUACGAAAUUACGUUGAAUAAAUGAUUCUGAUUAUAAAUGGCAACAUUAUCUCCCUAGCGUUAUCCCGUUCUCACUGGGUCCCCUAACCUAACCUAACCCUAACCCUGAAGAAUUGACAGGUCCUGUUUUUUACAUCAGCGACUGCCUGUCUGCUCAAUACAGGUGUGGUGGACCCAACUAGUCUUAAACGUUGUACCGGGUGAGAGCCUUCAACGCUCCCCAUUUGUCCGGCCAAGUAGUUAAUGCCAUCUGCGGCAAAUCUACAAUAUGUCACGUCGAAAUGGACCCAACUAGAUGGCCAGCUAGUUCAGCCCACAUGCAACAGAUGGCGCCACAUCCAAUAAUGCAGUCUUCAAGCAGUCGUGAAACGCGAUAUCGAAGUUUACACAGCAAGACGCAUAUAUACAACUUCCAACAUAACACCGUCGGAACGUCGAUCCCUAGUCACACUGCCAACUUGAGGCUAGCGGGGUACUAUGCUCUGUUCGGUACCCCGAAAUUAUACCUUGGCGGCAGGGCAUCCUCACACGUUAGGUUUUUUUUUUUUCUUUUGACGUGACUUAUUGUAGAUUUGCCGCAGAUGGCAUUAACUACUUGGCCGGAACACGUUAGGUCACAUACCUCCGAAACGUAUUUCUCGGGCAUGUGGGUUUCCUUCACCGCUGAGCACGUGAUAAUCAUUUGUGUACGGAAUCUAGUACAUCAGCAUGAUAAAUGUAAGUUUACAUAGUCACAGACCACGAGAGAAGUCCACUUCCCAGCCAAAUAAUUUAAGACUGCAUUUUAUCGUUAGUUAAAAAAAAAAUUCGUACUAAUUUUUUUUUAUUUUAUUUUUUUUUCAAAUUUCGUGUAAGAUGUUUUGUUCUUCGAGCUUUAAUGUCUCUCUCAUCAAUGUGAUAGGUUAGUAGUCACAAUAAAUGUAAAAUAAUGUUAAUGUAUGGUAUGAGGCUGGAUGCUAUCAGCGCCUUUUCAGAGAGUUAUCUGACAAGGACCUUAAAACAAUUCGAUAAAGUGAGGUCACAAAUAUACACAAGCUCGGUCCUUUGCAAGAUGAUCUAAGGUUGCUUUUCCACCAGAGCUGUGCGAGAAAGCUAAGCGGUGUGCGAGGAAAAAAUCCACCUAUUUCUCCCAUCAGACGGGCUUAAAAUGGCCACAUCGAAGCAAUCCAUCUAAGAGAGCAAUGUUGCAAUUUGACAUUUGCGCGUAUAAAAGUAAGUGCGCAAUGCAAACAAAUGUCAAACAGCAAUAUUGCUUUCUUAGAUGAAUUGCUUCGAUGUGGCCAUUUUAAUCCCCUGCACACAUUUUGUUCGUGGCGUGACCAUGUCCUAGUGAGAUAUUUCAUUUGUAAAUACUGAGAUAGAUGCUAUAAUAUACAAGCUGUUAGUGACAUCGUAACGAAUACUGAAGGGGAUGAUUCAGACCACGGUUCUGAGUUGAUAUCAAGAGGAAUUUCCUGUCCAUGUGUAAAUUACACUUGGUAUCAACUCAGAAUCAUGAUCUGAAUCAUGCUUCAAAGUUUUCGUUACGAUGUCACUAACACCCUGUAUACACUAUAUGUAUAACCAAAAACUAUGACACCGUAACGAAUACUCAGGGGGAUGAUUCAGCUCAUGACUCUUGAGUUGAUAUCAAGUGGAAUUUUCCAUUGCAAAAGAAUAAAAUAACACAUAAAAAAACAUGAGUUUUGGUGGAAAUUCCACUCGAUAUUAACUCAGAAUUUUGAGCUGAAUCAUCCCCCUGAGUAUUCGUUACGGAGUCACUAACAUGCUGCAUUUAUAACUAAAAAUAUUUAUGUAAAUUGGACGUCAUAUAGAUGUUAAAAUAAUUAUAUUUGACGCUAAGGAUCAAAUAAUUGCUGUUUAGAUUGAUAACGUAAACAGCCUAUAUACGUCCCACUUCUGGGCACAGGCCUCCCCUCAAUCAACCGGAGGGGGUAUGGAGCAUACUCCACCACGCUGCUCCAUGUAGGGUAAAAAAAACUGCAUUUAUUAUUGAAAGUUGUAGAUAAUGUAAGUUCAAUAUUAAGAAAAAUAUUCUUUUAAAUGUAAGUAUUGAUUAAAUACUCUAUAAAAAUAUAAAUAGCAAAAUAUAGUUUUUUUUUCUAUAUAUAUUUUUCAAAUUAAAAUGUUGUAUAUUGUAAUCUUAAUGUAGUUAAUAAAAACAAUUAUGUAUCUGUUUUGGCUACUAGCGCUUUGGGGUUUCGGGUAAAAAAAAAGAUUUUGAAAAUAAAGUUUUUUUUAUUAUUUCUGAAUCUUAAAAAAUAUCUGUCUUAAAAUACUGAUGUCUUUAAAAUAAAGCGAAAAUGUAGUCAAAUUUAGCAAUAAAAAUCUUCUCAACUCUGGACCCUGAAACGCCGAGUCCGACUCGUGCUUGGCCAGUUUUCCGUUGUUACGAAACCGCCUGUGUGUCAGAACAUCCAUUAUAUAAUAAACAAUUCAAUAAGAAACUUUAUAUUAGAGGUCUGAACAGGCCAAAUUGGGUAUUGCGUCUUCGAGAGCUAUCAAAUUCAAAUAUACUUUAUUGCAUUUAAAAAAAAUAGUUACAAAAGAGAUUUAAGGUGGUAUUAAUAAACCAAUCUCAGCUUCGAGACUGCCCUCAAGAUCAUGUCAAUGUGACAGUUUUUUUUCUUUAUUUAAGGAGUUUUAUCUUACAAAAAGAUAAUGUCACUACGGAGUGACAUUAUGUAUGUAUUGUGGAGUGGCAUUGUGUAAGUUGUAGAAUCGAAGAAGUCACUCCGUAGUGACUUUUACACAAACUAAAAGCAACUUAAACUAAAAUAAUAAUUUUUGGCUUAAAACAAACUGUCCAUCCCCUUAAUGUGACAGUUCUUAUAUAAAACAGGGACUUGAGCUGAUGCGCAAGGUGAUUCUUGAGGGUCUCAGCUGAGAUUCGUUUAUUAAUACCACCCUUGGGUACACGACAAAUGGCGGCCUUAUCGUUUUAAGCGAUUCCUUCCAGACAACCAUAAGGCGAGACUUAUCAAUAAAUACAUGCACGAUGAUAAAUACAAAAUUCUUUAAUACGUAAAUAUCUUUCAAUUAUCAUGACUAAUAAAACUCUUUAGAUGAAAUGCUCAAUAUGGCCUUUUUGAUCCUCUGAUCGUAAUAAUUUAUUUAUAAUUUAUAUUAUUAAUGUAUAUGUUUAGAUUUGGUGUUAGCUCUCUUCACUAUUGCUAAGUAGUGGGUUCGAUUCUGAUUGUUAAUUUAAUGCGAUUUUUGUUCAUAUUUCAUUUGCUGCUCAAAGUUUUAACUACAAUUUCAAGCGGUAAUCGCAUCAAAAUACUUUAUCUUUUGAACUGCAUAUGAAACUAAUAAGUAAUACAGGCAAACUCAUACAUACAAGUACGUAUGGGUGUUAGUGACACCGUAACGAAUGCUGAGGGGUAUGAUUCAGACCAUGAUUCUGAGUUGAUAUCAAGUGGAAUUUCCUGUCGAAAAAUUCAUGAUAACAUUGGUGUUUUUUUUUUUGUAAUUAUUUUCAUUUGAUAUCAACACAGAAUCGUGGUCUGGAUCGUCCCUCCCCAAAUCUCCUGGUAGUUGCGGCUUCCGAAUACAUCCCGCUUAGGGACGGUACUGAAAACUAUCGGUGUCCGAAGGACGUAAUAUACGAUCCCGACGACCCAAUUACUCUAGCCAUAGAGGCAGCCAAUCAGCUCGCGACACCAACCACUUCAGGACCCCGAUACCGACCCCGCCGGCGUUGUCGACGACUUCCCUCAUUCAGCGCUUAUCGCUAUCGACCCACUAGGGUCGAUUAAUUCUUUCAAAUAUUUUUCCUCUCAGACGACGCCCUGAGCCGAGGUUCGCGCCCAACUAGGCACCCUUAGGCCUGUUGUCUUAAACGUUGUACCGAGUGAGAGCCUUCAGCGCACCCCAUUUGUCCGGCCAAGUAGUUAAUGCCAUCUGCGGCAAAUCUACAAUGAGUCACGUCAAAAAAAAAGGGUCGUCUUUCAAAGUUUUCGUUACGAUGUCACUAACUACCCUGUUUAACUGACGUAUGAAAGGGUACAUUGUUUUAGGUUUACGCGGUUAUUGUCAUAAUUAAAGCACAUAAUAACGGGUUCUUACCGCGUUUAAAUGGGGAUAUGAGACUCCCGAUAUUUCGACACUGUUGCAAGUGCCAUGAUCACGGGAUGACUGAUGAGAUUGGAGUGGAGUAGGUAGAUCCAUAAUUUUCUACGGGCAGACAUAUCUGUCUACCCUCUUUCUCUGCCGCUUGUUUAUGUUUUUGGAUCUACCUACUCCACUCCAAUCUCAUCAGUCAUCCCGUGAUCAUGGCACUUGCAACAGUGUCGAAAUAUCGGGAGUCUCAUAUCCCCAUUUAAACGCGGUAAGAACCCGUUAUUAUGUGCUUUAAGUAUGAAAGGGUAGGCAGAGAUAUAAUAGAAAAUUAGACUCCUCGCCAUGGUUAAGUCCCAUGUAAUAGAGGGCGAGCCUAUUGCCAUUAACCGGGCACAAAUCCUGAAAACCACGCGAUAUCAAUUUACCAAACAUGAAUUCAAACUUAUAAACACUAUUUUUUUAUUUUAUUUUUUAACGUUGGGAAAUGCAUUACGCAUACCACGCCGGGGCGACGUGGUUAUGUGGGACUCCCCGGGUGUCGCCACCCGGUAUACCCACUAAAACCCAACGGUGUUCCUCCUUGCCGCCCUGUGGCGGGGAUACGGGAACGCAAUUGCACACAACCGCGUCCCCGCCGGGAAACUUAUAAACGAUGUAAGUCUUUUGUACUUCCCUAUAUUGCUUGCUUUUUUAUUUGAAAAAAAAAACUACAUAAGUUCGCACCUGUUUCCCUUUUUAUAUUUUUUUUUAUAAAAAAAAAUAUUAUAUAAGAUUGGAAUCGAACUUACUGCCUUUAGUUCAGUUAAUCUAGUACACUUGUUAGGCCAGUCAACUCAGUAGGAAUUGAAUGUCUAGGUUGUUUUUUUUUAAAUCGUACAUAAUAGAAAAAAAAGAUAGGAAAAAUUGUAAAGGAAACAGAUAAAAGUACAUACAUAAAUUAAUGACGAAUUUUAAUGGAAUUCGCAAUAGAAAAAAAAAUGUAUAGAACGGUGAAUUAUUGAAGAAAUUGCGUUGGGCUCACCAUCCGGAGGUCCCGGGUUCGAAUCCUUGUGGGGACAUAUCACAAAAAUCACUUUGUGAUCCCUAGUUUGGUUAGGACAUUACAGGCUGAUCACCUGAGGCCUGUUUCAUAAAACUUACAAUUGUAAAUUACAACGACAAUUUGGUAUUCAUAACGUAGCUAAUAUGAAACUGCAAAAUAUUUGUGAUCAAUAACUCCGCAAUGUACAUCAAAUUGUCAUUGUAAUUUACAAUUGUAAGUUUUAUUAAACAGGCCCCUGAUUUUCCGAAAGUAAGAUGAUCCGUGCUUCGUAAGGCACGUUAAGCAGUUGGUCCCGGUUGCUACUUACUGAUGUAAGUGAGUAAUCGUUACAUGAGCCAUGUCAGGGGCCUUUGGCGGCUCAAUAAUAACCCUGACACCAGAUAGACGACGAGAAGACCAGCUAUGGUAUUCGCCCAUUAGUCGGCUUUCGCGACUAGUCGGCUACCCCGACUAAUAAAGAAGCACUUUCAAAAAUUCACCUUCUAAACUACAAUGUGUGAAACUGUCUUGUAACUUCUCUUGCGAAUUUCCUUUUCAGAUUUUUUUGUCAUUAUCAUUCGGUAUAACAAGUAUUUGACAGCCAAGCAAAAUUGGGGGUGUGAUCGGGACCUCCCGGUGAGUAUGGGAAAACUUCCAUAUCUUGAAAAACUGCUCCGCAUCAGGGAGACACCCUACGGUCUGGCGCAACUAUUAUACCUGGAUCAUUUUUUU